AGUCCCCGUUUUUUUUUUACUGCUCCGGGUAACGACACCAGUACGAGAGCAAAAGCAGGCGAAUUCGUUACGGUUUUUAAGCUGCCAAGUAACUUACGCAAUUGCCAUGGACAUUCGCGCUAUUCACCGGAAUGCGGAGAACCCGGCACCAGUCGGUGGGAAGACUGUGGCCGCUGCUGUGGGAGCGAGAAGGGCUGUCUUCAGCGAGCUUUCCAAUUUUGCCGCAAAACCUGCGAAGGGCACGAAAGGGAUCAGGUUGGCAGCUCAGCCAACUGCCGUGCAACCGAAACGUGUUCUUUCGGCGUCGGAAGCCCUCCUUCCUGUUCCAGUUAUUCUGCCUGUGCAAACCGACGUCUCCAUGAAGGAGGAGGAGCUGUGUCAGGCUUUUUCCGACGCGCUGUGCCCCGUUGAGGAUAUCGACAAAGACGAUGCCGAAAUACCCCAGCUGUGCUCCGAAUACGUGAAGGACAUUUAUGCGUAUCUACGAAGCCUUGAGGCCCAGCAGGCAAUACGGCCAAGAUACAUGGAUGGCUAUGAGAUCAAUGAGCGCAUGCGUGCUCUUCUGGUUGACUGGCUAAUCCAGGUGCACUCCAGGUUCCAACUGCUCCAGGAAACCUUGUACAUGACUGUGGCCAUCCUUGAUCGCUUCCUUCAGGUCCAGCCAGUGUCUCGAAGGAAGCUGCAGCUAGUGGGGGUUACUGCUAUGCUGGUUGCUUCUAAAUAUGAAGAGAUGUACGUUCCAGAGGUCGGGGACUUUGCCUACAUCACAGACAACGCCUUUACCAAACUCCAGAUCCGAGAGAUGGAGAUGCUCAUUCUCCAAGAACUGAACUUUGCACUUGGGCGGCCUCUUCCCCUUCACUUUCUCAGAAGAGCUUCAAAAGCUGGAAAUGCGGAUGCUGAGAAACACACACUUGCGAAGUACUUCCUUGAACUAACCCUGCUAGACUACGACAUGGUCCACUAUCAUCCAUCAGAGACUGGAGCUGCUGCCCUCUGCUUGUCUCAGCUUGUGCUUGAUGGGCAGAAAUGGUCUCCAACACAGGAACACUACACAACAUACAGCGAGGCCCACCUGAAGCCCAUAAUGCAGCACAUGGCCAAAAAUGUGUUCAAGGUUAAUGAGGGGCUCACAAAAUAUGUGGCUGUGAAGAAAAAGUAUUCGAGCAGCAGACUGAUGAAGGUUGGCCUGCUGCCACAGCUGAAGUCAGCCCUGGUGAAGGACCUCGCUGCUCCGUUGCUCCAGCCCUCUUAAUCAGUCCAAGGGUUUCUGAAUGGAUGAACACUACUGAUUGCACUUUAUUCCCAAUUGGCCAGUGGAGAUGGACUGCUGCUUUUAAUGUGCACAUGCAUGUAUGCUGUGUAGGUGUGUAUAUGCAAAUAAAUGUUUUACUUGUUGACCAUUUUAGCAACACUUGUGAAUAGUGAUUUGUUUUCUUAGAGGUUUUUACUUUUUUAAAAUGUUCAUUGUCUAGGACCUUGAGUUUCACCCUGUGAGGUGAACCAACUUUUUUCAAUAAAAGGCCAAAGAUGUUCUGA